AUGCCCACUGGUGAUGGAGUGCAUAAAGGUGGGAACACCGCGUCUCUGGAUGGUCAGGGAGGAACUGAGCCGAUAUCUCAAACGAAACGCGAACACCGUGACAUAUACUAUCGGUUAUAUACCACAGAAGGCCCACUCGAAACAAAUCACCCGAUCUUCUCCAACGAUCGCUUCAUCAGUCGCAUCUCAUCUAGAUCGGUGAGACCCCCUCAUACGGGCGCCUCGCUGAAGAGGUGCGUCUGCAAGGUUGAAGGCGUGGAAGGGCCUGAAAAGAGCACUUUGUACCCAUCGCUGUCAGAAAAGAAGCCUUUGGACGACUCUGCUCGUCUUGCGCUCCGAGGGAACUCUGGGCCAGGAUUGUCUGAGGCUGAUCCGGUAGUUUUUGUUAUUGAAAAAAGCGCCGCUGGACCAAAGUCUGCGAGUAAUGCGGGCUCAAAUGAAUUGCCCGCAUGGAAGGCUGAACAACGAUAUGUUUAUUACCGACUUUACGACGACGAUAGUGAAGCCGCCUCGAAAACGUCGUUUGACGAGAGUGAUCCUUCUUUGGGUCGCCUUAACAUAUUCACCAUCCCCCCACCGCACACCGUCGCUUCCUUGAAAGGUCGUCUUGUUCAUGUAGAAGGGGUAUCGGGUAACGCUGUUCAGUUGCUUGAAAACGAGGAUGGAGAGGUUACCUUGAACGAUGGCGAUGCCAUCGCUCUUCUCACUGACGAUUUUCCGGGCUCAAAUGAGGAUCAGCCGAUAGUAUUUACAUAUACAAGGAACGCUGCUGAUAAAACGACGGCACAGGAGAUUCCUCCCUUCUCGAAACGCCUUACGUGCACAUCCAAUUGGGCCGGCGCGCUUGUGGACGCCGCGUGGCACUCAAUGGUGGUUGGAGAGAUCUUUCAAACAGACGGAGUUGUGCGGUUUGAGACAUUCAUCAAUUCCAAUGUUGUUCUUUCAAGAAUCGAAGUAUGA